GGUUUCCAAUAAAGAAAUCCGUAAUCCAUCCACCCACAAUCCCCAAAUUUGUUCUUCUGUUGUGAAAAAUUCUCUCUCGUAUUCACCCUUCUUAUUUUUAGCAAAUUUUCGUUACGAAACUUCUUCGCCUUCUUGUCAAAUCGUCACUCUCAUUACCCUCUGCAACCUUCUUCCAUCUUACCCCCAAUCCCCUUUUUCUUGAUUUGGACAAACUUGUCCCGACAAGGGGGAUAUUCAAAUCCGUAUUUUCCUGCCUUCGAUUUUUUCUGCUUCCAUUUCUUUGGGAACUGGAUCACUUUGGACGAGGCAGAAAAAAUCGAAGAUUCCGGCUGGCAACUGGGCGUUAAACCGAAUUGGGUAUUUCAGUUUUCAAUCGUUUGAUACAUUAAAGAUUCUUGUUGAAGAAUUUCGAAGUUGGGUUCGUCGAUUUGAGCUGAAUUUGGAAGUGGGUCUGAUUCGGUGGUGAAAAAGGGUGGAGAAUUUCUUUUAAAACAGUCGAAAAUUUUUGGGGGUUUUUCCCCAUUUGUAUUUUAGCUUCGGCCCUUGAUUUUCACCUCGGCAUUUCCUUAGCCGGCCUUUUUGUCUUCCUCACUCUGGGGGAAUUUAUGUAAGAUUGUUUAUAUACUGAACUUCUAGAUUGUUGAAACCAAUCAAUUUGGAUGCCCUGGAGAGAAUUGGGGGCAUAUUCCUGAUUGAUUGGUGGGAAUUAGGUUGCGUUUUGUCUGUGAAUUUGGGUGGAUUAGUUUGUAAAUUCUUAUGAAAUUUUAGGUGAGAUUAUCGGGUUAGAAAGGUGUUUUCUGGCUUUUUGAUAUACCCUAGGUUUCUGAGUGGAAUCUCUUGGAGAAAAAAAAUGAAAUUUCUAAGCAUUGUUGGGAAUUCUUUUGGAUGUUCUGCAUCUGGGGAGCGCUUAGUUUCAGCAGCAAGAGAUGGAGACCUGCAAGAAGCCAAGGCUCUGUUGGAAUACAAUCCUCGUUUGGCGAGGUAUUCAACUUUUGGUGUCCGAAAUUCCCCCCUCCAUUACUCUGCAGCUCAUGGCCACCAUGAGAUUGUGUCUCUAUUGCUUGAAUCUGGGGUCGAGAUAAAUCUACGCAAUUACCGGGGUCAGACAGCCUUGAUGCAAGCUUGUCAGCAUGGCCACUGGGAGGUUGUUCAGAAUCUGAUACUUUUUAAAGCAAAUAUUCACAGAGCGGAUUAUUUGAACGGAGGUACCGCUCUUCACAUGGCUGCUUUGAACGGUCAUUCUCGGUGCAUCAGGCUUCUGCUUGCUGAUUAUGUACCCAGUACAAAUUUUUGGAAUAUGUUAAAUAUUAGUUCGAACAAUGAAGAACCCAUUUCCAAGUUCGACUUUAGUGCUCUGAAUGAGGUAGUUAACAGGACAGCCGAUGGAGGCAUCACAGCUCUGCAUAUGGCAGCGCUUAAUGGGCACGUUGAGAGCAUUCACUUACUUUUGGACUUAGGUGCCUCUGUUUCUCAGGUUACUGUAGAAGACGGAACGACCAUCGAUCUAAUAGGUGCUGGAAGCACAGCCCUUCAUUAUGCUGCAUGUGGUGGGAAUGCUCAAUGCUGUCAAAUGCUGAUUGCUAGGGGGGCCAGUCUUACUGCUCAAAAUGCAAAUGGAUGGACUCCCUUGAUGGUUGCUCGUUCGUGGCACCGAGACUGGCUCGAGGAAAUUCUUAGCAAAGAACCGGUAGAGGCGACAAAUCUUCUCCCUUCGCCAUAUUUGACUCUUCCCCUUAUGAGCAUUGUUCACAUUGCAAGAGAAUGUGGAUGGAGAAGUAGUGAUUCUUUACUUACAUGCCAAGAUCCGUGUGUUGUCUGUUUGGAAAGAGAAUGCACAGUUGCUGCACAAGGUUGUGAUCAUGAAUUCUGCACGAGCUGUGCGCUGUACCUCUGUUCUACAAACUGCACAUCAUCUGUUUCCAAUGGUCCGCCCGGUUCAAUUGCGUGCCCGCUCUGCCGAAAUGGCAUAGUUUCCUUCGUUAAACUUCCUGGAACGAAGCCAAUUGCGAAAGGGAUCACCAGAACAAGUUUGUCUCUAUCAUUCUGCACAUGUUCUGGUGAGGUACCAGAACCUCCCUCCACAUUAACCACACCAUUAUGCAAGCCCGAGAUCAAUUGCUCCCGAAUUUCUCCGCUCGGGGCCUCGUUCCGAUCACUCAGCUGCCAGAGGUUUCCUUCAGUGAAACUUAACCCCAAUCUUUGUAUGGGAGAUCCACAAAAUAGUUCUUCAAUGGUUCCUUGCAAUGAAAACAGAAACAUGAGGAACCAUGUUGCAAAGUGUUCUAGAUCAUCAGGUUUCCGACGAACAGCAUCUGAAGGUAGGAGAUCAUGGUUGUCUGCGCUGAAUCAAUACGUGACGACUGGGAGCGGAUGCUGAAAACCGUCGAACGCCACACCCCUUUUCCCUUCACAAGUUUUUUCUCUCUCUCUCUCUCUUUUUUUUUUUUUCCUUUUUCCCUUCUACUUUAUGUUAAAUGUCCAUAUGUUUACCCCAAAUCAAAAGAAAGGAUUAUAUUUCUGGGAAUGAUCCUAAAUAUGAUCAUUUCGGAGCAGUGAAAAAAUCUGUUGAGCUCCAUUUUGUUUCAAAUUUGAUCCUUUCUAUUUUGUCCUUCCAUGAAAAAGAAACAAGAAGAAUGCUGAGUUUUGUCGACACUGAUGAUUGGCUGUGUAUAUAUGUUGUGGAAAAGUUACAAAGUUGUAUUGAAACAAGAGUCCAAAGCUCUCUCCUUUCUCCAAGGAGAAUUUUGUAUGAACAUGAUAUGAAAAAGAUAUUGAUAAGCUAAUUGAAAUUAUGUGUUUAUAUGUUA